AUGGUCAAGAACUUCACUCUUCUCUGCUUGGAGAAUCCUCUCCUUGAUAUCCAAGCCACAGGUACCCAAGAGCUCUUGGACAAGUACAACCUCAAGGCCAACGAUGCCAUUCUCGCCGACCCAAACACCAACCACCUCGAGCUCUAUGAUGAACUCGUCAACGAUUACUCCGCUAAAUUCGUCGCCGGAGGAGCUGCCCAAAACAGCGCUCGUGGUGCUCAAUACAUCCUCCCCGCCGACUCAGUCCUCUACAUCGGCUGCAUCGGCAAAGACGAAUACGGCAAGCGUCUCCAAGAAGUCUGCGCCACCGAAGGUCUCCGCGUCGAAUACCGUAUCGACGAAGAAGUCCCCACCGGCCGAUGCGGUGUCAUCAUCACCGGCCACAACCGAUCCAUGUGUACCGACCUCGGCGCCGCCAACCACUACAAACUCGAACACUUGAAGUCCGAAAAGAUCUGGAAAUUGGUCGAAGAAGCCGAAUACUACUAUGUCGGUGGAUACCAUCUCACCGUCUGCGUCCCCGCCAUCCUGGCCUUAGCCGAGGAAGCAGCGGCGAAGGAUAAGCCGUUCGUUAUGAACAUCUCCGCACCAUUUAUCGCACAGUUCUUCAAGGAUCAGUUGGCUUCGACCUCCAAGUAUUGGGAUUAUUUGAUCGGUAAUGAGACUGAAGCUGAAGCUUAUGCUGAUGCUAAUGAGUUGGGUACUAAGGAUGUCAAGGAGAUUGCUAAGCAUCUUGCCAAUCUUCCAAAGGAGAAUACUAAGAGGAAGAGAGUGGUUAUCAUCACUCAGGGUACCCAUCCAACCAUUGUUGCUACUCAGGGUGAAGAUUCAGUUCAGGAGUUUGAGGUCCAUGCCGUUGAGGAGAAGGAUAUCAUCGACACCAAUGGUGCUGGUGACGCCUUCGCCGGUGGUUUCUUGGCCGGUCUCGUCUCCGGAAAGGACUUGAGGGAAUCCAUCGAUAUGGCUCAAUGGUUGGCCAGCUGGAACGUUAGACAACUCGGACCAAGCUUCCCGCAACCAAAGCAGACCUACACCCGCACCUACUAA